AUGCGUUGUGUUAGUAGUAAAAUUGCAAGUGUGAAUGUGGUAAUGAUAAAUAAAAUUCUUAUGAUUUUUGCAAUUGGUGGUGGUGGUGGUAGUGGUAGUGGUCAUCAUGACGAUACCUAUGGUGGUGGACAACGGCAAUAUAAUCAUGCUGGUAAUUACUGUGAUGGACAUCGAGGCGGUGCUGCUGGUUAUAAUGGUAAUGGACGUUCAAAAUGA